AUGGAUGUUCUUCUGACUUUCUCCUUAAACCAUAUAGAAUUUAGAAAAGCUGAGUGGGAUUCGAUUGUCGAUUUCCAGGGUUUAAACCUUCCAUCUAUAUCAGAGUCGAGCAAAGUAGGUUGUUUCUUCGUUUUUGUAAUUUCUAAUUUAGGAACCACUGGAAUUUAUCAAGGUCGAAAAUGUAAAGGAAAUAGAAGGCGUGCUGGAACGAUCUUUGUUAUUGAAACACGCUCAUGAAGUUUUGGCAAGCGGUGAAUCUCACGACAAUGUUCUUCACCAGUUGAUUACGAGAAGGAACGAGAUAAGAGUAAGUUAAGGUUAUUUUUAACAUUCUGGACUUUUAGAAUAGGCUGCGUAGUUCAAACACAUGGAGGAUAAAAUACCGAUCACAUAAUAAGAAGCAAAACUCUGAUUACAUUGGCGAUGUUGUUCAGGUACGUUGUUAAUACAUUUGUUCUUUUAAUUGGCUUCAUUUUUAGAAAUACAUUGAUGCCGUGGCUUUUGACGACAUAGAAGUAAAUAUGAACUGUCCAGAUUAUGAUUUCAACAUAAUUGAAGAUUUUACUAACGUUGUACCAAAGGUUUACUUCACUUUACUAGUAAGUUCUCAAUGUUUAUAUUAGCAUUAAUAGAUAGGUGAGGGACAAGGUCGGCUGAAACAUGACUUCAGUUUGAAAACCAGGAAGUACAUUGGGAAUUCUACAAUGGACCCAGAACUAUCUUUCAUUCAAGCAAAUGUUAGUCGAGUUAAACGUGGCGACCUUGUACUUGAUUGUUUUUGUGGUACUGGUGGCCUAAUUUUGGCCGCUGCCAAAUUUGGAGCGUUUGUAAUGGGAUCUGAGAUUAGUUACAUGGUUGCCAGAGCUAAAGGGUCUUCAGCAAGAAUGGGAGAAGGUGAAUUAACUGAUGAACACAAUGUUAUGGCAAAUUUUGCGCAACAAAAAUUGGAGGCCAACUUUGGCGGAGUGAUAUUGGCAGACGCUAGUGAACAUAUGCUUUGGAAGCGGACCGAAAUUUUCGAUGCUAUCGUCGCUGACCGUAUGUUUUUAUUAUGUUAGAAAGCGUAUUUUGCGUGAUUCUUCUUGAUUAAGCUGUAUAUCUUGACUUUUUAGCGCCAUACGGGGUAAGAGAAAAGGGAAGAAAGCUUGGUAAGAAGGAAGACAAAGAUGGCUGGAUUAAGAAUGAAACUGUUCAGUAAGUAUUUAUACGCCUGGGUUUCUUAGAGGUAGUUAUUAAUGAAUAACGACACUAAUUGCUCAGUUGACGAACCUAAACAUAAGAUUACCUUAAUAUCUUUGUUUGUAGCCGAACUGUCAUUAAUGUACACUAAUUAACAUUUUAGUUUGGAAAGAUACCCAGAGAAGCAAAAGUACAAAACCACCACUUUAUAUCUAGAUUUAAUGGAUUUCGCAGCUAGCCACUUGGUCAAUGAUGGGCAUGUUUCGUUUUGGUAUCCUGUACUUCGAGGGUCGUAAGUUUAUCAUCUGCUAUCUUAGAUUGGUUUUCUAAUUUAGCUCUCAUACAGCUGCAAGAGCUUUAAAAGGAUGACUAAUUAAAUUUGCUAGAUUUUACAAAAUUAAAAAACAUUUAUAGAUACGGAGAAGAUGUUUUACCGAAGAAUCCAUGCUUAACGUUGGUUUCAAACUGUGAACAAGUUUUGUCUCGGAAAGGAUCAAGGUAAAAAUUUUUGGCUUACGUUAUUUAAAACUUACAUUUUGUUAAUAUAUUUAUUUCAGAAGGCUUUUGUGUUACCGUAAAGUUUGGAACCCGGUUGACAAUGAACAAUCUACGGUAGAUCGUGAUCCUUAUGAAGAAGUCAGCUACAGAGAUGCUAUUUUUGGACCACCAGCUUGA